GGGCCGUGGGGUGGGACGAGCCGUCGUGGUACGGACCCCCGUCAGGUGUGAGAGGGGCCCAGGUCGGCCCGCCUGCUCACCGGUUCCUGUGGGGAGCUGUAGCGCUGCCCCUCUGCGCUGCCACCAUGUUCUCUUUUAAUAUGUUUGAUCACACCAUCCCUCGGGUUUUCCAGAACCGCUUCUCAACGCAAUACCGCUGCUUCUCGGUGUCCAUGCUUGCUGGACCUAAUGACAGGUCUGAUGUGGAGAAAGGAGGGAAGAUAAUUAUGCCACCAUCAGCUUUGGAUCAACUCAGUCGACUCAAUAUUACUUACCCAAUGCUGUUUAAGCUGACCAAUAAAAAUUCAGACCGAAUGACACACUGUGGAGUGCUCGAAUUUGUGGCUGAUGAGGGCAUCUGCUACCUUCCACACUGGAUGAUGCAGAACUUGCUUUUGGAAGAGGGAGGACUGGUGCAGGUGGAGAGUGUUAACCUUCAAGUUGCUACGUACUCAAAAUUUCAGCCACAGAGUCCCGAUUUUCUUGACAUCACCAAUCCCAAAGCUGUAUUAGAAAACGCAUUGAGAAACUUUGCCUGUCUCACUACUGGGGAUGUUAUUGCCAUCAACUACAAUGAAAAGAUCUAUGAGCUUCGGGUAAUGGAGACCAAACCAGACAAGGCUGUGUCCAUCAUAGAAUGUGAUAUGAAUGUGGAUUUUGAUGCUCCUUUGGGGUACAAGGAACCAGAAAGAAGUACACAACAUGAAGAGACCACAGAUGUUGAAGCACAUCAUAGUGGAUAUGUGAGUGACACAGGAUUUCGUGCAUUCUCUGGUUCUGGGAACAGACUGGAUGGCAAGAAGAAGGGUGUUGAGCCUAGUCCAUCACCAAUUAAACCAGGAGACAUUCGGAGAGGAAUACCCAAUUAUGACUUCAAGAUUGGUAAAAUCACAUUCAUUAGGAACUCACGUCCAGCAGUUAAGAAAGCUGAAGAGGAUGAAUCUGGGAGCCGGUUUGUUGCCUUUUCAGGAGAAGGUCAAUCUCUGCGCAAAAAGGGAAGAAAACCCUAAGCUGUGGCACCUUCAGUUCGUUAGGAGGAAAAUAAAAUAAGAGUUGCCGCAUAUUGGAUCUCAGUUAUUGCCAUCGAGAGGAGAGAUUGGUUUGCAACACAGGAAUGUUUACUGUUUCUGGUUUCACGUUUUUAAAACCAGAGCUGCUCGACUGUCGUCAUCUUCACUUGAGAAUUAAGUUCUAGGCCUUGUGAAGGAGUUUUUUGUUGUACGUGUUGUAAAGAGGGAAGGUGGAUCUUGGAGAAACCUAAGAAGUAAACCCAACAAGAUGUACCUUACUGAAAGGUCUAGUAGUUAGACUGCAUCAGCCCUCUUACAUCCUGAGUGAUGAUGGUCUCACGUUGUUUGUGCUUGAUACUUUCUUUCCUCUCUAUUUUGCCACACUUUCAGGUAAGCUUUCUGUGGUGGCCCAACUGAAGGUGAACACCUUAGUGUUCAGGGCUUUUGUGCAGGGAGUCUCUGAUGUUAGCUUCAGAUGUUGGGUUAUAACUCUAAGCAAUCCCUGUCAUAGCUUUUUGUAUUUGUAAUUAAUAAAAUGCCUUUACCAGUUCAAGUACAACGUGCUGUAGCAAUGGCACGUGUUGGAAGAGGUGAGAGCCAGCGUCUCUCCCUGGCGCAGCGGCCUGCACU